CCGAGCGUCUUCUAUUUUAUUGUAUCCACAAUUGGAACAGCUCCUUCUUUCUAGCGUUCACCCCGGAGAUGGCUUGGCUGCGCGUACUGAGCGUUAUUGGACUGCUGCUUUCGAGUGUCAGAGCGGGACCACCCGUGUCUGUGCUAUCCAACACUGUUUUGGAUAGCCAAGGAAUCUUUUUUGUGUCUUAUGACGGUGUGGUCAACGUCAACUCCUUCCAGGACUCUGCGGUAUUGACCUACGGAAACUACCAAUUCUCGGCAUGGUACACUGCCAGUGGCGCCGCCAUGCUAGGACGGCGGUCUCUUCCGUCUGGGGCGUGGUCGGUGCUCAAGCUGCCCCACAACCUCUCGGUAUCGGACUCGCACAACGUCAUCUCCCUCGGGGUCUCCCCUGCUGACGGCAAGAUUCACGUCGCGAUGGACUGCCAUAGCACACAGGCAAGCCACGAUUGUACUACACCAACUCGGAAGCCAACCUCGCCUCCAGCGGCAACAGCUGGAUUGCGAGCCGCUUCUCCGCCAUCACGUCUACCCUCGGAACCCUCAACGUUGGACCCCCCAAAUAGAUUCGUGGUUACCCCGACGAACCUCCUCCAAUUCGUCUACCGCACCGGCGUCUCAGGCAACGGGGCCACGCAGCUCGCCGAAUACAGCGGCGGCGUGUGGAGCUCCGUCGGCUCCUGGGCGUCGGCGUCGGGGACGUACACGGCCCCCAGCGGCGCGACCAGCACACUGCGCAACCUGUACAUCCACGGCUUCACGUACCACCAAAACCGCGUCCACGUGUCCGGCACCUGGCGCGAGCAGAACGGAGCCGUGUCCUGCAGCAGCGCAGGGCUGACCAAUCAUGACACCGUCUCAUCUGAUUUGACAAUAGGCCGCACGUGGCACAACGCCGCCGGAACGACCAUCGGCACGUCGGGGACUACUCUGAUUAAUGUCAACACUGCCGGCAUCAUCGUCGAUAGUCUCAAUGCGGACCAUGCGAGUGCAUUGAUGAAUCAGGAAUCUCAGACCGUCGACUCGACUGGUCUGCCUCACAUCGUCAUCUCGUAUGUCCCUGGGCGAUUCGGCCAAUGCGUGCAGAACUAUGAGACCGGGCGACCAGAAUUCGCCCGGCCGUUCCACCUGUAUCAGAAUUCUAAUGGCACCUGGACCAAGUUUGAGAUCCCGUUCUUCAUCCAGAGCGUGGGCCGCUCGCAAAUCGUGAUGGACGCCAGCGACAACGUGUACGUCGUGAUGCCGUUCGUGCGGGUCGUCACAGCCACGAAGGCGUCGGGGUGGACUGACUGGACGGUGGCUUACAACGGGACAACCGCCGGGUUGAAUGCGUUUGGCGAAGUCACGUUGGACAGGGCGAGGCUGCCCAGCGGGGUCCUCUCGGUGCUCUACCAGCAGUCCAGCACGGGCACUACCCCGUCCCCCGUCCAUCUAAUCGAGUUCAAUAUGAACAAGUAGUCGCGGUACCCAUUCCGUAUAUCAAUCUGUUUGUCGUUUGUUUGCGGUGGUAAUCUACAUAAGUACUGGUUCGCGAUCGAUCAGUGGGCGAAGUAACUCCGCACAUGGACAGAAUCACCACCGAGCUCGCAGCAGCCCUCGUCGCACAACUGCGCCAAACGCCGCCCGACACGCGCCUCAUCGUCGGCGUCGCCGGCAGCCCCGCGUCCGGCAAAUCGUCGUUCUGCCACCGCCUCGUGAGCCUCGUCAACGACAGCGCCGUGCCUGGCGACCCUGCGCCUGCGGUCCUGGUAGGCCUCGACGGGUGGCACCUCUCGCGUGCGCAGCUCGACGCGCUGCCCGAUCCCCGGCUUGCACACGAGCGCCGCGGCGCGCACUGGACGUUCGACGGGGCCGGGUACGUCGCAUUCGUGCAGGCGCUGCGCGGACCUGCCGCCACUGUCGUCGUCAAGGCCCCGACCUUCUCGCACGCCCUGAAGGACCCGGCGCCAGACGCGCUCGCCGUCCAUCCGCACCAUCGGCUCGUCGUGAUCGAGGGUCUCUACGCCUUCCUGGCGAUCGAGCCGUGGAGGGUGGCCGCGGAGCUGUUGGAUGAGCGGUGGUUUCUCAGGGUCGAAGAGGCGGAGGCGCUGCGGAGGCUCGUCAAGCGGCAUGUGGAGACGGGGAUCUGCCCCGAUGAGGAGACAGCAAGGCAGCGGGCCGAAGGAAAUGACAUACCCAAUGGUAAGUUUGUCGUCGAGAACAUGUUAGAGCCGACCAGGUUCAUCGAAAGCAUUGACGAUCCCGUCAUGGCUCACGAGCUAGUGUAAUGUAAAGUAGCUGGGCUUGACUACAAGGACGUAAGUUAGAAGAAUUUCACGAUGCCUGAUAAUCAGGCUCGCAUUGGAGAGCAG